AUGCAUCUUGUAUCCUCUGCUUCCACAUCUGCUGAUGCGUGGGAGAAAAUUCGAGUCUCUUGUGCAAACCGUAAUGCAACACGGAUAUUAUCCCUUCGUGAUACACUUUCUACUUUCAAAAGAGAGUCAAGACCUGUGGCUGAGUAUUUACAGACUGUAAAGACCAUCUCUGAAGAUCUUUCUUUGUCUGGAAGUCCAGUUUCUGAUAUUGAUCUGGUCAUACAUGUAUUGAAUGGAGUUGGACCAGAAUUCUGUGAUAUUUCAGCAACGGUAAGAGCUCGUGAUUCUGUUAUCUCUUUCGUAGAGUUACAGGAUAAGUUAAUGGCUCAUGAACUUUAUUUGAAGAAAAUUGAUUCUUCAUAUGUUACAACGCCAAUCACUGCAAAUAAUGUUAGGCGAGGGCCAUACUCUAGACAGAAGGUUCAAACAUCACAGGGCUUUUCAAAUGACAGCUUUGCUACUUCAGGUGGUUCUCAGUUCUUGACUGAGAUAAAUUCACGGUCUACAAAGGGAGCUGGUAAUUCAAAAAUAUUGUGUCAAAUUUGUGAACGGCCUGGUCACAUUGCCAAACAAUGCUUUCGAGCAAAAGAUUUUUUCAAGGAUCAUUUUCCACAACCAAAGGCAAACAAUGUUGUUGCCAAUGAUAGACAAAGCUACAAUGUUGUUGCCAAUGAUAGACAAAGCUAG